UCAAAUAAAGGGGUUGGUGAUUCUGAAGAGAAAAAGACACUAACUAGGCCCAAGAGAUCCUCGAAAGGAAAUGACUCUGCUCUAGCCAAGAGUCAAAUGAAGACCUCUGCUGAUGGUUCUGGCAGUGAGAGGAAUCCACUUACACCUCUGUAUCCCCCCAAAGCUAAAUCAGUUGUUGUGGUUGAAUCAGCUACAAAAGCAAGAGUUAUUCAAAAAUACCUUGGGGACAUGUACGAAGUAGUGCCUAGCUAUGGCCACGUGAGAGAUCUAGCUGGAAGGGCAAGAUCUGUCCGCCCUGAGGACGACUUCACAAUGGUAUGGGAGGUGCCUGCUGCUGCCUGGACACACCUGAAGAGCAUCAGAGUAGCAUUGAAAGGAGCAAAAAAUCUGAUUCUUGCAUCUAACCCUGACCGUGAAGGUGAAGCGAUUUCUUGGCACAUAAAAGAAAUGCUUGAACAGCAGAACGCGUUGGGUUGCCAUGUUACUGUUUCACGAGUUGUCUUCCAUGAAAUUACAGAGGAUGCUAUCAAGAAAGCUUUAAUGUCUCCAAGAUAUAUUGAUAUGGACUUAGUCAAUGCUUAUCUUGCUCGCCGAUCCCUUGAUAAUUUGAUUGGGUUUGGCAUAUCACCGCUUCUAUGGAGGAAGUUGCCUGGUUGUCAGUCAGCUGGACCAGUCCAAUCUGCAGCUUUGGCCCUUGUAUGUGAUCGAGAGACUGAAGUAGAACAGUUUCGCCCACAGGAAUAUUGGACUGUUGAUACUGACUUCAAAACCCAGUCUUCAAAAGGCCUAUACCUCAUAUCCCGAAUAAAGCAUCUCAAUUCAAUAAAGUUGGAUCAGCUUUCUAUAAGCUCCCAAGUAGAAACACAAGCUAUAGAAAAGAGGAUUUAUUCUUGCCAAUUUGAAGUAAAAGGGGUUAAGAGAAGCAACAUUCACAAAAAUCCUCCAAUGCCAUAUAUAACAUCCAGCCUUCAGCAGGAUGCAGCAAACAAACUACAGUUUGCUGCAGGGUAUACCAUGGAGGUAGCCCAAAAGCUUUAUGAAGGGAUCAAUCUUUCUUCAGAACAAGCAACAGGCUUAAUAACGUACCUCAGAACAGAUGGGUAUCAUAUUUCUGAUGGAGCGGCAGAAGAUAUUCGUUCAUUAGUAAAAGAAAGGUAUGGUGAGCAGUAUGCAAGAGAGGAUAUCAGUAAGUACUUGAAGAAGGUGAAAAAUGCUCAAGAAUCCCAUGAAGCUAUAAGGCCCACGAGCAUAAGGAGGUUGCCAUCAUCUUUGGUUGGAAUACUUGAUGAGGAUUGUUUAAAACUGUACACUCUGAUAUGGAGAAGAACAAUGGCUUGCCAAAUGGAUGCUUCAAGAACUGAGCUGAUCCAAGUUGAUAUUGGUAACCCUGAAGGAGACAUGACUUUUCAUUCAUCUGCAUCAAGGCUUGAUUUCAAGGGCUACCAAGCCGUCUAUGAGGAUACUGAUAAUCCUGAAGGAGAAGCUGCGCAUCAGGACAAUUUUGAGGCCUUGUCCAAAUUAGAGAUCAAGGAUUUGGUUUCUCCAGUUAAUGUGCAUAUUGGGCAGCACUAUACUAAACCCCCGCCCCAUUAUUCUGAGGGUGCAUUGAUUAAAAAGCUGGAGGAACUUGGAAUUGGAAGGCCGUCUACAUACUCUUCUAUAAUGAGGGUGUUGCAGGACCGGAAAUACGUUACAAUUGAAAGUCAAGUUUUGCACCCUGAAUUCCGUGGUCGAAUGGUUUCAGCAUUUCUUUCGCAUCUUUUCUCUGAGAUCGCCGAUUACAGAUUUACUGCUAACAUGGAGGCUGAGCUAGACAAUGUUUCUGCUGGGUCAACUGAAUGGAAGGGCCUCCUGAAGGAUUACUGGGAACGAUUCAACAAAUAUUGCAGAGAUGCUAGUCAAUGGGAUGUCAGAAAGGUAGAGAGAAUGCUCGAAGAGAAAUUCUGUUCUAUCCUCUUUCAAGACCUUGGCAGUGAUAGUAGGAUUUGUCCUAGUUGUUCUGAAGGAACCCUGAGAUUCAGAGUUAGUACGUACGGUGAAGGCUAUUUUAUUGGCUGUGAUCGGCAUCCGAAAUGCAAGUACAUUGCUCGCACAUUAUCAUAUGAUGAAGAUGAUGAAAAUGAAGCAUCCGAGGAAACUCCAAGGUCUUUUGAGCCACGGUUACUUGGUCUCAUGCCUGAUACAAGUGAAAAGGUCUUCUUGAAACAAGGUCCUUAUGGUUACUACAUCCAGGUUGGAGAGGAUAGGAAAGGAGCUUCUCAGAAAAGAGCUCCUCUUUCUAAGGUCAAAGAUGUUGACUCUGUCACUAUCGAAGAUGCAAUUGAGCUAUUGCAGUAUCCAAAAAUUCUGGGAAAACAUCCUGGUGAUGGACAGCCAGUACUUAUGACACAUUCUACCGCUGGAUUUAGCAUCCGACACAGGGGAACCCUCGCUCCAGUGCCAAAGGCUGCAGACCUAAAGAAGAUUACUCUUGAGAAUGCACUGAAGCUUCUGAAGGGUAAAAAUGCCAGAAAAAAUGGUCGACCAUCCGGAAAAACUAACAAAAAUACGGAAGUCAUUGAAUGGCAUUAAGU